AUGAGCGGGCACACUCGAACACCAAGUGUUCAAAGCGGGUGGAGUCAGUCAACGAGUACUGCUGCAACUACGGCUGGUAGCCGUGGUUCGAACUCCUUGUCUGACUGCGUUUACGCUGGCCGGGACCCAUGGACCCAUGGUUGGCGGCAGCCGACCUCUAGAGAUAUUCCUCAGGUAACUCUACCCAGAGUUCCUGCAGUUGAAGAUAGCACCCUGAAUCAGUAUGUCGCUGAAGUACAGGGUUUUGAAAUUCCUAGAGAAGGGAACAGCCGUCAAGAUCUUCAAAGUUUGGAGACUGUUCCAGCCAUGUUUUUCAGUGAGCAUUUCCACCUGGACAACCCACGCGUCUUUGACGCAGUCAUAGAAGACUCUCAAACUGCGACGUUUGAUAGUGCAAUUCUUCAAGAGAAACUCAGCUGGUACAUUGACACUGUGGAACUUCAUCUAAUCGAUCGUAUCUCAAAUGCGUCUAGCACAUUUUUCUCUGCUACAGCCCAAUUCAACGAUAUUCAAGACCGCUCCAAUGAAUUGUCCUCAGGCUUGAUGGAACUGAAGAGGACUCUGGAAAUUGUAUCUACUCACUCGAUCAAAAAAGCUUGUCUCUCCGUUGAACUGGCCAGAAAGCUGUCAGACGUUCAGAGACUGAUGGCGUCUGUUCGACAACUUGGACUCGCAGUUGAGAAGUUAGAUGAUCUUGAACACAUAAGUGAGUCCGGUGAUAUGGCUUCUUUUUUGGAUCAUGUGGAUGUAGUCGAAAAACUUAUCGUGGGCAAGGAAAACAGGUGGCUACAAGGAGAAGCGCUUGUUGAUCUCUCCAGACUAGGGAUCCUCCAGCCUAGAUUGAAAGAACUCGGAGAUGCUAAACUGAAAGCAGGACGUUUUUACGUUGAAGAACUCAAAUCUUGCUUGAUUGGUGACUUGCAUCGUCACGUAGCAUCAGUACCGGUUUCAGAGACUUUAGCUCGUUUAGGUCGCGGUAUUGCAGGCAGUAAGCGCUCUUCCGAUUCGACCUUAGAGAAUCAGUACUUGGUUGUGGAUGAUAGUUUACGGGAAGCGGUGAAAACGAUAUUGCAUGGGUCUAUAAGAGCGCAUACCACAGAGUUAGCCGUGGCAGAAUAUCGAGAUGCUGCAACGCGGGAGAUCAAAACACUCAUACGAGACAGCUUGCCAUCACAGCCGAACGAUGAAAGAUUUGAGUCAAGCCAAUCAUCGCACGCCUCGGAUAGAGCUGCGUCGGCUGCAGCCCUAGCAUUAAGGCUGCGGGAUCUCUCUUCUGAUGAUUCUGAAAAAAUGGUCAAACAAAUUUAUGCUUCUCUUAGUGAAGCUCUGAGGCGGCUUGCUACACAUCAGAAGCUACUACUUGACCUUACCUCCUCAAUGGGUGCACCCCCGGUUGACCUAGGCGAUUUGCUUGUCAGUGUCAUUAAAAGCUCUGAUACACGCGUUCUCAAGAUCCUAAAAGUGCGAAAAGACCAAACAGCACGUUUGCUGCUAACCAAAUUUGUCAGAUUUUAUGCUUUGACGAGUAUGUUCAUGGCGGAGUGCGAAGCUAUUUGUGGCGUCCAAACUAUAGAGCUCGCUACCUUUUUGGUUGCCCAGACAAAACUAUUUUUCUUCACCAAGUACAGUAAUGAUGAGGAGAUGUUACAAAGGUCCUUGAACAAUGAUGUUUGGAAGAAAGAAGAGAUCCCCAGAAGCUUCCAGCAGCUAAUAGAUGAGAUUCAAGAAGCGGCUACAUUAGAUCCGGCAUCGUGGUUGUCGAUUUUGAGCUCUGCUGCAUUACCCCUAGAGCCAGCUUCUCACACUGAAACAAAAACCUCACCCCUCAACCUGUUCAUCGGAAACGAGUCCUAUUUCCUUAGCAAGUCUGCUAUUUUCCUGCUUGGCCUUUGCCACGACUAUCUAAGAUUGAUCUGCGUUUUUCCCCACUAUUCUCAAGAUUUGACUCACAACUUAUUGGAGCUUUUGAGGCUUUACAAUAUGCGAACCUCACAGCUUAUUCUAGGGGCAGGCGCUACUAAAACAGCUGGACUUAAGCACAUUUACGUGAAGCACAUGGCAAUGGCCUAUGAAAGUCUUCGUGCAGUGGCUGGUAUAAUGCCUGCUAUGCAAAGAGUUGUAGACCGGCAUUGUUCAACUGGAAUUAGCCGUGAUUUUGACGGUCUAAUAAACGCUUACGGAGAUCACCAGCAUGAGAUUCAUGUCAAGUUUGUGAGUUUGAUGACAGACAAGUCUUCCUACUAUUGUCGAGCUAUCGCUAAUGUUGAUUGGGCAAAGAAACCAGAACCAGUGAACAAGUACAUGCUGGACCUUAUAAAAGACACCACAAGUAUUGCACGAGUUCUGGAAGACAUACUACCUUCCUCAGAAUCAUUGGCCAUUCUUUCUGAAAUUUUCGAUGUCUACAAACCACGCCUUCUAGAGGCGUAUUUCGCUAUACGGCUUGAAACCUAUGAAGAAAAAGAGAAUCUGAUGAGAGAUAUAUCAGAAUUCAGAGAACGUUUGGGUGCCAUUUCAGGUAUAGGGAAUGUUGCUGAGGUGCUUUAUCAAACUGUGGACAAUUUUUCGGCUCCUGAUCUGAAUCAGGAGCAGGUGUUGAGGCACGCGGAGACUAAAUUUGCUUCAGCUCGUUCCAUCCCACAAUACCCUAGCACUGAGGUUUUGCCAGAUACUAGAGCGAAAAUAAUCGAAUCAGGUACGGUUCCAGAAGAUAAAACAGGAAGAGAUAAUACUUGUGAUACUCUCGAGCCAAUGGAAAAUCAAUCCCUGGAGGUUAGUAAACCUGCUAUCGAGGAGCCAGGUACAGAUAUUUCUGCAAACAACUAUGAAAGCUCGAUCAAAAGCACCUCACCGUCACACGAAACCUCGUUAGCAGAGCAAACAGGUUUCGAGCCGCACCAUAAUGUUGAAGAGGGCCACAUGGGUCCUCUUCCGGAGGUGUCCCGGCAAAAUGAGAAUAAUUCUCUAGCAUCCGAGUCCAGGUCGGAAUACUCUAUGAAGAAAGAAAUUGAGGAGGAUAGAACGCCUGGAGCAACCCGUCCGACUAGUGUGACACAAGAUAAGUCUGAUCUCGAGGACGAUCUCACCGCCUUCUCAGGUACUUUAAAGGACAUGAACAAAGAUAAACCCAGCUCCCCAGGGGGGGUUCACGUUACUGAGGAAGACGAUACUGAGAAGUCUGUGUCAACCGCGGUGCCUGGAGAAAGUGGAAUCGUAACCCCUGCUUUGCCUUCUGUCGAGAUCUUUAAUUCUUUGGAUACAAGCCUCGAUGAUGCUGCUGAAAAGUCGGACAACAAUCAAAAAUUGAUUGACACUUCCCCUUCACCUUCGGCUGCAAAUAAUCUAAAGAAGAAAAAGAAGAACAAAAAGAAGAAGAAAUAACGCUUUGUUGUCGAAAACUAGAUUAAUUUUAUUUAGAUGACAUCAUUUUCUUUGCUUUCUUAGCUCCAGACUUCACAACUGCCCUCUGAGAGCCACGCUUAGAGUUGACCCCUCGGUCCGACUUAGUUUUUUUGUAUGACCAACUGGCAUUGCCAACCUCAGCUUUUUUCUUCUGAUGAUUUGAUUUUGGUUUUUUGCUGCUCUUGCUCGAAUUAUCAUCGAACCAAGUACGCUUCGGUCGAGAUUUGAUCUCGUUUUGAUGUUGCAUAAUGUUGACAGCCUUUUGCACAUCACGCUCGGCUAAAGCAAGUUCCUUGGCAGUUUUCUCCUCUCCAACGACUUGGUCGACGACUUCUUUCUUGCUAUCGAUGUCAGACUUGAUAGACUCGAUCUCGGCCCAAUCGAUAUUUCGACCAAGAAUUUUCUGCUUUUGAGUUUUCGACGACAUCUCAGCUGCAGAGUUAAUAGCAGAUCUAACAACCUGUCUCUCGCUGGACGAGUCACCAACUAGAGAAAUCGAGGUACCGUUACGACCCGCACGAGCAGUGCGACCGACACGGUGAAGGUAUACCUCGUAAGUAGAGGGAAGUUCAUAAUUGAUAACCACCUCGAUCUUGGGGAUAUCUAAACCACGAGAAGCAAGAUCUGUACAUAGCAGAAUAGGUACUUGAAGAUUCUUGAACGCCGUGAUCGACUCAAGUCGCUGUUCUUGUGUCAAAGCACCAUGCAGCUCUCCUACGCGGAUGCCCAUAAGUCCCAUUACAAUACGCAGAUGAUGGCACAUCUGCUUCCUUGCCACGAAUACAAUAACACGCUGAUUUCGGCUAAUUUUGCGCAAUAAAGAUACCAGAAUGGCUGGCCGUGACUCCUCGUGCUUUCGGAUACGAACGAACUCCUGUGUGAGACCAGUCGCUGCUUGUUUCGGUGGAUCAAUCAUGAUACGAACAGGCUUGUGGAGUGAGAGCUUGAUCAAGGAUUUGAUGCUACUGUUCAUUGUUGCUGAAAACAAUAGAGUCUGUCGCUUAGUCGGAAUAAGAGAAAGGAUCUCGUUUAACUCUGCUUCGAAUCCUUCCUCUAGCAUACGAUCUGCCUCAUCAACGAUCAGAAUUUCCACACUGUCCACCGAAAAGCUAGGUGAGUUUCGUACAUGAUCGAUGAAUCGGCCCGGCGUGGCAACUACAACAUCUGGUCGAGUUUUCAAGUCCUGUUCUUGAGUUCUCAGAUUCAGACCACCGACAGCCAAUCCAAAUCUCAGGUUAGAUACAAAUGCUCCCAACUUCCUGCCUACAUCAUGAACUUGAAGUGCUAGUUCUCGCGUGGGUGUCAGAAUCACUACCCGCGUUGAUGCCACUUUCUGUGGACGGUAGACCAGUCGCUCAAGUGUUGGUAUCAUGUAUGCUGCGGUUUUACCUGACCCUGUUACUGCUCCGGCAACGAUAUCUUUACCCAGAAGUGCCACGGGAAUCACAGAUGACUGGAUUGGAGUGGGCUGGCUAUAGCCUACGUUGGCAAUACCUUUUUGAAUGGGUCGCGAGAGUGAGAGAUGCGCAAAUGAUUUGUAUGUAGUGUUGUCCGUUUUUGCAUCUUCAAAGAAUCCAUUAUUCUCGCUGUGGAUGGUAUCCUCUGUUGUUUCAUUUGCAGAUGUGUUAUUUGGCUGUUGUUCACCCUCCUCACUGGCGUCGCUCUUAUCACCCUCUUCAUCGCUGUCCGAAAAAUCCUCGGCAUCAUUUUCGUUAUCAUCUCUCUCAUUGAGACUCUGGUCUUUAGCAAGUCCGCCAUGUCUUUUAAUGAUCUCAUCAAGAGUAUCUGUUUCUGGUACACUGGUUGAGCCGAAACUCCAGCCGAUAUCUUUUAUCUUGGUCACAUCUUCGUCACCGAACGAAAAGGAAGGAUUAAGUUCACUUGCCUUUUCUGAAUCACAGUCUACGACAUCCUGGUCGUCUUCAAUUGUGUAAAUAAAGUCGUCCUUCGAUUUUUUCAUUGUGUUAGGUAAUUUUUUUUCCAGGGCUCGUUUUAGUUUUCUGAGCAGCUGCUGCUCGCCGAUCACCGUUGCAAACGUAAGCUGAGC